AUGAACCGAUGGUCCACUUACCUGUUGGGAUGGACCACCUUCCUCCUCUACUCCUACGAGACAAAUGGAGAUGGCCAGGCUCCGUGUGUCUUUCCCUUCAUCUACAAGGGGUCUGUUUACUUCUCUUGCACCAAAAAAGGUAGCCUUUCACCUUGGUGUGCAACCAAAGCAGUAUAUGACAGACACUGGAAGCCAUGCUUGAUGGAAGAUUACCCACGAUGUAUCUUCCCCUUCAUCUAUCGGGGAAAGUCCUACAGCAACUGCAUCACGGAAGGCAGCUUCUUUGGAAAGCUGUGGUGCUCAGUCACCUCCAAUUAUGAUGAGAUGAAGCAGUGGAAAUACUGUGCAAUCAAUGGUGAGGCACUGGAGCCAGGAUGGG